AUGACUCUUCCUGUUCUGAUCAGCGGUGCUGGUCUGGGUGGUGUCUGUCUUGCCCAAGCUCUCAAGAACAACAUCCCCUUCAAGAUAUUUGAGCGGUUUGGCCGAGGAAAUAUUGGCGCCCAGGGCUACCGACUCAGAAUAACCACACAUUGUGUCAGCGCAAUGGAGGAGGCCCUCACGCCAGAAAUGUUCUCCUUGUUCGGAAAGACUUGUGCCAGCAUCCCAAAGCUCGGUGUGAAAAUCAAGCGAGACGGGUCAUCAACAGCACCAUUUGGUCUGUCACCAGGAGCACCCGGAGGGAGAUCUUAUACGGUUGAUCGCAGUGUGUUUCGCGAAGCGUUGUUGACCGGCCUCGAGGAGAACACUCUCUUCGAUAAUUGCCUCAAGAGCUUUACAUAA